AUGCUCAGACGCCUCGACUUUGAGAACGACGAAGUCGCCUGGCGCGCUGCAAACCCCUCCUCAUUCGGCUACCACCAUGGGCCGGUCCCCUACUGGCACCAGCAACAGCUAGCCAACGCAAACGCAACCGCUAGUGCCACUCAGGCCCCAGCCUUCCCCCCGGUGACAGUCUCCAAAGUCAACACGGGCGUCUGCGAAGUCGAGAUCGACGGCACAGGAAGCAUGUGCGGCACCGUCUUCCGCGACCAGCCCUCUCUGCGCCGCCACCUUCGAGACGCCCACCCGGGGGCAGCGCACAACCCCACGAGGGUCAAUGUGACCGCGGCAGAGAAGCUCCAGGGCGAGAACGCCCUCAAGAGAUGGGUGCUGACGGGCGGCUGGCGCGACGCCAGAUACGUGCGGGAGCCUGGGCAGGGCCCAGAGGGCGGGCUGGUCGCGCGGUACGCGGACGCGUGCGAGAGGAUCGCCGGGGAGGAUCCAGAGUUCAGGAGGAAGUUUGGCGAGUUCUUCCAUAGGAGAGUCAUGCAGGAGAACCCAGACUUCCAGCCUGGGAGGAAGGCCCGGGCGAGGCCAAGGCAGAUCGCGGUGGAGGUCGCGGCGGAGGCCGCAGCCACCGCAGCGCAGGCAUCACCACCGCGCGCCGGACUUGGUCGGAGUGCUCAGCCGGGACCCCAGCAGGGGAGAGGAGCUCGCUUGCGAGAUGGGCGGGCCCAGGAGUCGAUUUUCAUUUCAGACAAUGAUGAGGAUGAGGUCGUGAGUGAAGGCUGA